CUCUUCAGUGGGGAAGAGGCGAGUCACAGAAAUAAGAGGGCGAGUAGUCACGAGUAGACCAAUAGAAAGAGAGAGAGGGCGGACUAGAAAAGACCAGGGACAUGUCUUUCAAGCUGCUUCUUCAAAUCUUGUUAUCUUUAUUAUUGAUAGGCUGUUUAAUGGUAAAAUCUGAGGAGGUUGAGGGAAGCAAUGACUACAUGGUGGAACUCACUGAUGAGACUUUUGAAGAUGCUGUUAAGGAACCAGAAUUCAUGAUAGUAGAAUUUUAUGCAGACUGGUGUGUACAUUGUCAAAAGUUGCUGCCUACAUUUCAAAGAUUAGCAAAGACUCUGAAAGAAGAGCACAACGUCACUUUUGCUAAACUCAAUAUCGGAACAGAGAAAGAGACUCAAGCGAAGUACCAGAUCCCUGUACUGCCUGGUGUGAGGUUUUUCAGACGAGGAGCAAUUUUUGACUAUGGAGGACCUGCUGGAGAAGAAAGCUACGAAGGUCUUUUAAAAUAUUUUUUGAGCGAGAAGGAUAAAAGUGAUCUCGCUGAUAAUCCUGUCCUUGAACUGACUGAUGCUAAUUUUGACGAGAUCACUAAAAACACGGAAUUAAUUUUAGUAGAAUUCUUUGUAAAAGAGUGUAUGCCUUGUAAAAGAUUAGAGCCUCAUUUUGUUGCAGCUGCUAGGCGACUGGCUAAGAACGACCCUCCAGUUCCUCUUGGUACAAUUAAUGUACCAGACAACAUGGACCUCACCAAGAGAUUUGGACUACAGCAGUAUCCAUAUUUGGUAAUGCUCAGAUAUGGUGAAGUGUAUAACUAUACUGGACCACAAGAAGAAGAUGGUAUUGUUAGCUACAUGGAAAGACAGUCUGGCCCCAGUUCAGUGUUUAUGGAAACCCUGGAUGAAGUGAAGUCCUUCAUUAAAUCAGAUACUGAGGCUCGCGGUGUUGGGUUCUUCUCACCAGAAACAAGUGCUGAUGCUUUAAAGACCUUUCUCAAAUCUGGCAACGAAGCACGUUUAGAUCUACAUCUUGGACACACAACAGAUCCAGCCAUAGCUCAGAAACUCUCCUUCCCAUUGAACAGUGUUGUUAUUUUCCAACCGAAGCAGGCGCUUACUAAAUACGAAUUGGGAUACACCAUCAUUCAUGACACAGAUGAAGGAGAGACGCCCACCAGUUUAAUGAAAGCUUAUCAGUCUGGCAUUAGGUCGCUAGUCGGACAGAUGACAAGGGAUAAUCACCUCAGGGCUUAUAAGUAUCGGCCAUUACUGGUUGCUUAUUAUGAUGUAAAUUGGGACUUUGAUUUUAGAAAAGACACCAAGUAUUGGCAUUCAUUAGUGGCUGAUGUUGCUGUCAAAUAUAAAGACUCUGAUCUUGCCUUUGCUAUAGCGAAUGAAGCAGAGUUCCAACCUGACCUAAAAGCACUUGGAUUUGCUUCCUGGGGUGAAGAUGUAGCCGUAGGUAUUUAUGCCCCAGGCCCUAAGAAGUACCGCCUCACUGAAGAACUCACUAAGGACUCUUUAACCGAAUUCGUUGAAGAUUUUUUCUCCGGAGACCUUAAGCCGUAUUAUAAUUCUGAGAUUCCCCCUAAAAAGAACACAGGCCCAGUGAAGACAGUCGUAGGGACUACCUUUGAUAAAAUAGUCUACAAUCCCAAGAAUUCGGUCAUUGUCAUGAUGUGUAUUCCUAGUGUGUCUGAUUGCAGAGAUGCAGCUGAAUGGUUCGACACUGCCGCAAGGAAGUUCUUUAAGAAAGAUAAAACCGUUGUCUUUGGUAGCAUAAACGUGGAACUCAAUGACGUCUCGUUUGACCACUUCAAAUUUGAUGAUCUCCCAACGUUUUUUUACUCCCCAAAAGGAUCGAAAGGAGAGACUGAUCUGAUAAAGAUAGACCCUGUUCCUAAAGAUGACAUAGACCUCUUCGGUUGGCUGAGGUCCAAGGCCAGGAUACAACUACCAAGAGAUGAACUAUAAUGGAACAGCAUUAAUGUCGGCCCAUCUCGGCACAUUUUUCAUUUUAGGAUUUUACUAAUUUUUCAGCUGUUAGGAUUAUUAAGUAUUAAUUAUUAUUAGUAUUAUAUUACAUAAGUAAUAAUAGUUACAGUAGCAAGAAGCAACAAA